CAUGGUCUAUCACAUCCCAAGCCGCGAUAGUAGAUCUUAAUUUGUUUGACUUUUCUGGGUUGAUGUUCACUCAAACAUAAAUUAUUGCAUGUUCCCUAAGCUGAAAGUUUUGCAUAUUUCUUACUCUCCCUGAUAUAUAUGGCCAUAGCUAGGCAUUGCUUUGGAGGAAGAAGCUUAAGGCAAUUAGAUGGCUGGGAAGCUAGAAGUGUUUACAUGGGACGACAUAAAAGCUUGCACCGACAACUUCAACAACAAGAACAUGGUUGGAGUUGUCCAAUUUGGCAAAGUAUAUAGAGGAAAGAUUGAAGGAGGCAUGAAUGGAGCAGAAGCUCGAGAUGUUACAGUGAAGAUAUGGAAUAAGUCAUCCGAAUACAUCGCCUUCGCAUAUGAUGAGCAUUUGAUGGUUAAAGAAGAAGUUGAAUUUUUAGAGAAUCCAACAAUGAAAGGCCAUCCCAACUUGGCAAAACUGAUCGGUUAUUGCUGUGAAGAAGUAAAGGGUGUUGUUUAUGAGCUUAGUCCAAGAGAUUCUCUGCGCAACCUAAUGGUGAAAGAUGAUCUCAACUGGGUUCAGAGGAUCAAUGUUAUUCUUGAACUUGCACGUCUCCUUAAGUUUCUUGAGUGUCAAGACGCGCCAUAUCCGGCCUUCAAUGUCACUGCAUCUCAUAUUCUGCUUGAUUGGGAUUUCAAGCCAAAAUUAAUUGAUUUUCCACUAGUUAGCAAAGGGACCAUGGGUGAAAGGAGUGCACAAAAGAAGUACAUUCGCUGUGUGGAUCCAUAUUUUAAUCUACAAGAAUCAAUGUGCAUGACAGGGCGUGAUUGGGAUAUGAGCUGUGAAGUAUUUUCAUUUGGUAUUAUUCUCCUGGGACUAAUAGCCAAAGGAAUUUCUGACCUUGAGAAGCAGGAAAAUGAUCCAGACCUAAUUCUGGACCAUCUGCUACAUUCUUGGGCCAAGAACGAAUACAAACCCCAGUGUUCUCUUGUCCACAAAACCCUGCAAGAAGACUGGGGUUAUCUUGCUGAAGACGGCACUGCAAUUACAGAGCUGGGGAUGCAGUGCAUCGAGUUCUUUCCAGUGAACCGUCCUUCUGUGGAGGAUGUUGUUGACCGUCUUGAAAGUCUACAUAUUUUUCAACGUCUUGGUGACUCAAGACCUCACAAAAGGGACAGGAAAUUUGUUGAUGAUGAUGAUGCAAUGUUCGUGUGAAACUGAUCGGAGGCCGGAUCGGACUAUAGCGAUCGAUACUAGUGGUUUGCGGGUGAUUGUACGUGUGCGGAGUUGAUUAGGAUCACCUACAAUUUCAAAGAAUUUGUACAUUUUCAAAUUAUGGAAUCUAGGCUCUUUUCAUGCA